AUGUUUGAUUCCUACUGGACCCUUACUCUUUAUAACAUUCUUAAUCAAAUGACGCCGGUUAAGAAAGCGAAAGAGGAGCAGCUCGAGGAGACACAACACACUGCGAACCAGCCACAUCCUGGGCUUGUUCAUUCUGCUCCAAACUAUGAGGUUCUCCAGCAUGACUCGCAUGAGGAUGAAAAAGAAAAUGAAAAGCAACGGGGCAGAGACACACAGAGUCUGUCUCACGAACCGAAUAUAAAACCGGAGACAGUCUCCCCAACGACAGAGGAAGUAGACCUCACAAAGAGUCUAUCUCCCGAUUCUGAAAUCGGGAUCACUGCUAUUCAGACAGUACAGCAGCCUACAAGACAGAAGAGGGACAAGGUUGAUUCGAGAGCACCUAUCGCAAGCAUCGAAAUACCAUCGAAUGAGUCAGAUGAGCAACCACAUCUAUCAAUCCCACCCCUAGACCAACCUGAAGAGAAAGAUGCCAACCAAGAGGACUUGGAUGAUACUCCGGAACGAGAUUUAUGGGACGUGCCUAGCUAUCAUGGGAGUAGUCCUAAUGAAGGGUCUGAUGGGAACGAGGUCGGCAACCCAACCGAUACUACCGAAGCACAUCCUGCGCCUCAUAUAGAGACGCAGACGCAGACGCAGACACAGACACAGACACAAACACAGAAGCAGCGACGACGACGGAGGAGAUACGCAAACGUUUAA